GGAAGCAAAGCCUCCCGCUGCGCGGCAGAGCGAGAGAGGCCCCGGGUAGGAGGAUGCUGCCGCGGAUCCACAACCCGCCGGAAGUGGCAUGGCAAAUGCCUCGGUCACCCGGCCCACCGCCCACCCGGAAGCGGAAACAAACCUAAUGUGCCCCUUCCUCACUGCCCUCCAAAUCCUGCUGCAGCCAUUGCCGCAGCCACGAUGCCUAAACGAAAGAAGCAGAAUCAGCAGCAGCAGCAGCCGCCGCAGCAUCCCGCACUGUCCGACCGGGACGAGCCCGGAGACGAAGAGGACGAGAGUCGCCUUGGUGAAAGUGCAGCCUUCUGUGAACUACUCCCCCGAGGGAAGGAGAGGAGAAAAAAACUAUGAUGGGCCAACAGUUAAGGUGAGGGAUUGGGGUUUGUGGAAUCACUGGGCAUGUUGUGGAUGCAGCUGUGAUGGAAUCGCCACUGUUUUGCUCAGUCUCGGACAACUCUGCAGAGGGACGGGCAGAUGGACGGGGUGAGAGAUUGCGGCACUGCUGAGUGGAUAUAUCUGAUUUUAUUGGUUAAAAAAAUGAGUAUUAAAGACCACGUAAGAAAGAGAUGAUUAGUCCUUUGCACCAUUCUGAUGACCAUGUUUUCACGUCUGCUCUUAGGACCACCCAGCCUUCUGGGCCCUCCCCCCAUGGCUAAUGGAAAGCCUGGUGACCCCAAGUCAGCUCUUCACAGGGGUCCUCCAGGAUCAAGGGGACCAAUGAUUCCACCACUGCUGAGUCUCCCACCUCCUCCACGGGGUAGAGGACCUAUUCGAGGAGGCCUUGGUCCUAGAGCUAGCCCAUAUGGUCGUGGUUGGUGGGGUGUCAAUACUGAGCCUCCUUUUCCUGGGCCAGGCCAUGGGGGUCCCUCUAGGGAAAGCUUUUACAAAGAGCCAAGAAAUCCACGAAGGCUCAAAAGCUGGUCUCUUGUCAAGAACACCUGCCCACCUCCGGACAUUCCCCCGGUGAUGGAAGACAAAUCUGACCGCCCUAUCUGCCGACACUUUUCUAAAAAGGGCCACUGUCGAUAUGAAGACCAUUGUGCCUUCUACCAUCCAGGCGUCAAUGGACCUCCUCUGUGAGACUGUGCCUUCCCACACAGGCUGACCUCUUCUAUCACCUUCAGUCAGCAACAUGUCCACCCCAUUCAUCACCUCCCCCGUUUGGGGUCCAGAGUUGUGGUUGUCACUGGUGUGUGGUGUGCCCUGUCUUCUGAUCCAGGCUCCAGAGACCUUUGGGACCCCGUCUUGCUCCCUUCCACUGCCUCCUGGAUCUUCCCCUCUGCCAAGUGACUGCUCAACAGGAAACCUUUGGUGCUGUUUCUUGUGCAUCUGUCGGCCUGUCCCCCAGUAUUGCCCGCAGUUCCCAAGGACCCUGGAGCAUCCUGCAGUCCUUUGAGGGGAGCCCCAGUGUUUGCAGCUGCCCAGGAAGCACACCAGGUUGUCUGGCCUUGGUGUCAGGUUUGAGUGACUGGUCCAGGCUUGCUCCCCGAACAGCCUACCCCUGCUUUUGGACGUCCUAGCUUCUUGUCGGUAGCAUGAGCCCCACCGCUAAGGCCUGUGGUCACUGUGCUUUGUGAAACUGUGCGCCGUCGCCCUCCUCAGUGUCUGUGACUUCCCAACACUAGAUAAGUUUUUCUGCCAAAUCGAGCGAGGCUCUUGGUGCCCUCCAGAUUUCACCUACCUCCCAGCUUGGGAGGACGUGAGACUUCCUGUCGUGCCCUCUCCCCUGGUGAUGUCCUGCAAAGCCUCAGGCGGGCCUCCCCACCCAGCUCCUGCCUGGCUCGUUUUAGUUGGGCCCUAUCAUUGUGGGACACCAGCCCUCUGGUUUGAACUCCGUGGCUCUCCUCCUGGACAGUGAGCACUGUCCCCUCUGACACUGGUUGUUUUCUGUGAAAACGGCAGUGAACGUGUUUGGUUUUGAGCUGGCCCCGAGGAAGUGGGUCAGGAGAUGUGGGCAGGAGGGCGAGAGUUGUUGAAGAACUAAGCGUGACUUUUUUUCUUUUUAAUGUUUUUUUAUAUUAGUAAUAAACUCAGUGGAAACCGGUA